AUGGCAAAAAUAGGAGCAGAAGAUCACAGAGAAGCACUAUCUCAGUCUUCCUUAUCCCCCUUGACUAAAACAAUGAAAGUAUUACAGCAAAGUAGUCCUGAAGGCACCUUGGAUGGGAAUACUGUAAACCCAGUUUGCAAAUAUAUUUUGAACGAUUUACCAAGAGAGUUUAUGUCAUCCCAAGCAAAAGCAGUUAUUAAAACUACUGAUGAUUAUUUGCAGCCUCAGUUUGGCCCCAACAGACUUGUGCAUUCAGCAGCAGUACCAGAAGGGUCAGGACUUCAAGAUUGCGCCACACAUCAAACAGCAUCAGAUCACAGCCAUGAUGAAAUAUCAGACCUAGAUAGCUACAAAUCAAACAGUAAAAACAAUUCUUGUUUUAUAUCAGCAUCCAAGAGAAACAGACCUGUCAGUGCUCCAGUGGGUCAACUGAGGGUUGCAGAGUUCUCUUCUUUAAAAUUUCAGUCAGCCUGGAAUUGGCAGAGAUUGUCUCAAAGACACAAACUUCAAACAAGAGUGAUUAAAGUAACAGCUUACAAAAAUGGAUCUAGAACAGUCUUUGCCAAAGUUACUGUACCAACCAUCACCUUGCUGCUGGAACAGUGCACAGAAAAGCUGAAUCUGAACAUGGCCGCAAGACGAGUGUUCUUGGCAGACGGCAAGGAAGCCCUCAAACCUGAAGAUAUACCCCAUGAAGCCGAUGUUUAUGUUUCAACGGGAGAGCCCUUUUUAAAUCCGUUCAAAAAAAUUAAAGACCAUCUGUUGUUAAUGAAGAAAGUAACUUGGACAAUGAAUGGGUUGAUGCUUCCUACUGAUGUCAAAAGAUGGAAAACCAAGCCUGUUCUUUCUGUUAGAAUGAAGAAACUUACUGAGAGGACCUCAGUCCGAAUUCUGUUCUUUAAGAAUGGCAUGGGGCAGGAUGGGCAUGUGAUUACAGUGGGAAAAGAAACAAUGAAAAAGGUUUUAGAUACUUGUACAAUGAGAAUGAAUCUAAAUUUACCAGCCAGAUAUUUUUAUGAUUUGUAUGGCAGAAAAAUUGAAGAUAUUUCAAAAGUUCCUCUGCUUGAAAAAUGCCUGCAAAAUUCCAUCACACCUUUGCGGGGACCACUUUGGGUCUCUAAGGGAGAAGGUUUCAGCCCCUCAGGAGCUAAGAUGUACAUCCAAGGAGUUCUUUUGGCCCUGUACCAACGAUUAAAGUCUACAAAAAAAUAUUGUAAACAGCUGAACCUGGCCAUGAAUGAACAGAAGGAGAAAAUUACAGAAAAAGUCAUUCUUUCAAUGACAGCAAAGGAACACCAUAAGGAACAUGAAGAAGUGAGCAGGCUGAUUGAUGAAUUGCAGACAGCUAUCAAAAGCAACAGAGGUCAUCUCUCUAAACUUGGCCCCCAAUUACAGGCUGAGCAGGAGCAAUUCUCCUCUUAUGUCUACCAACACAUUAAAAGCCUUCCAGCAAACACGCUUGUCCCAGGAGGCCUGCAGCUCAAGGUAUUUGAAAAUGGUAAAAACACUGGCGAGAUCUCUGUUGGUAUCAGGAAAAAAGAUCUGGGAUCUGAUAGCCCAAUUCAGACUGACCAUAUGAUGGAAAGAUUACUUCUCAAGAUUCAUCAAAGGCUUCGAGGUUCUUCCAUCAACCCACCAGGCCUCAAUUUUUCCUCAGUGCGGCUUUUUGAUGAGAAUGGCCAAGAAAUUAAGAAUCCACUUUCGCUGAAGAAUGAGCAAAAAAUUUGGGUCUCUUAUGGUAGAGCAUACAGACCUCCACUAAACCUUGCUUUGGGUUUGACCUUUGACCGAGUGAGUGCAUUUGCCAGAGGUGACAUCAUGGUUGCAUAUAAGACCUUUUUGGAUCCUAAUGCUGUUCUGCUACCUGGAUGUGGCAAUUGGGAAGUUUGUGAGGGAUUUCCAAUUAAUUUCAACUGUACCAGUCAACAGAUACCUGACCAGUUUGAAAAGGUGGACUUGGAGAACCAUUUUCUACAGAACAAGGUAGAUCCCAAUAUUGUCCUUCAUGCCUCUGUUUCCAUUGGAAAGUGGAGUUUCUCAGGCAGUGAAACAAGCAGCAGGAGUCAAAUAGCGCCAUCGAUCCUUUGGCCUGCAGCCAGUGUGUGGCUGAUCACCAAGACUGGAAUGAUCCUGAGUCGAGCGAUAACUCAGGGCUGCCUGGCUAUUGGUCAUCCUAUCAGAGUCAAGGCUGCUGAGGGAACAUCACUAGAAGGAUAUAAAUUAAUCCUACAGAAAAGACGUAGUGGAGAUGAAUCUCAGAAGUGGGUGUUUGGAACUGAUGGUUGCAUUUAUUCAAAGGCUUAUCCUCAGUUUGUUCUGACCUACCUAGAGGAGCUAAAUGCACAAGUAGAUGUGACCCAGACAGAAUAUCACAUUCACCAUGGUGCCUGGACCACAGCUCAUCAGGAACAUGGCAGAAACUUAGCAGAAGAGGUUCUGCAAGGAAGAGCCAGCAACCCUGGUCUGAAGCAACUGCCAGAACCCUCAGACACCCAUUUAAUGCCAGAAGGUUCUCUUGAGGAGAUAGGGCAGCUGACAGUAGCACUGGUGAGGAAACUGGAAGAGAAACAUCCUAAGGCUUCUGCUCAGAGGUGGGCCAUAAAACAUGAAGGAACCAGUAAGCCAGGGCAGUGGAAGCAUUCCAGAGUUGAAAAUCCUCUGUGGAACAAGCUUACCUACAUGUGGCCUGUCCUUCCCAGCGGCCAACUUAAUGAGGAGUUUGAUUGGCCAAUACAAGGACUGCUUGUUCCGAGCAGUCCUCCCAUGAAGAAACCCAUCUGUAAGACAACGGAGCCAUAUGCCCCUGUGCGACUCAGAGUUUUGCGGAAUGGAGACAAGAAUAGAAACAGAUCCUUUACUGUCCUUGGUCCAGACAUCUCACCUGGUUGGAAAACACAGUGCACUGAGAUUUUAAAUUUACCUUCUGCAGCUCGGAGAUUGUACAAUGAAAAGGGGAAGGAAAUAUUUGCCUUAAAAGACCUGCAAAGAGAUGAACUGGUGUAUGUUUCAUGUGGAGAACACUGGAUCAAUCCUGACCUGUCCAAUGCUCAGCAAAAGAAACAAAUCUUCCUGAGGAACCUAGCAUCAGACAUUUCCAAAAUUCAAAUCUUCUGUAGCAUACGUAAAAUAGAAGCUCUUGUUUUAGAAGUCCAAAGUGACAUUGUAUCUGGAAGCAAGCUUGCUGUGCAUAAACCUGUAGCAAUUUUUGGAGAAGAGAAGCAAGUUACAGAACCAGAAGAAAAGCAAAUGCAAAAAGAUGCUCUAACAACGGAAAAUACUUCCAGUGAAAUUCUAGAUUCACACGCAAGAGCUCAUCUUCGAAUGAAGGCUUGUCACACACUUCUCAGGUAUGCCUGGCAGGAAACUUCACAUGACUUUGAUGAGGAUGACAGUCUUCCAAAGAAAAUGGAAAAAGGGCUCUUUGAAAAUGUGGAACCACAGAAGAAACACAGCUGUUCACCAAAGCAUAGUAAGUUGCACAAGCAUUGCCAUCAGCAGUUCGAAUACAGAGAUGGGCAGAUUAUAAGCUGUGCUGCUCCUCAGCUAGUCUUGGGGGUUCAAGGUCCCAGUCUCCGGUCAGGCAUGGAGGUGGUUUUGGUGGAGAAGAAAUCUGAUGGUAGUAAUCAGCGCUGGAUACAUCAGGAAGACAGCAGGACCUUUCACCUGGUGAGUAACCCUGACCUUGUGCUGGCAGUGUCUAUGACCAAGACUGCAAAUGAAGUUUGUGGCUAUCCAGUUAUUGUUCAGAAAUAUAAGCCAUACAACAAUGGAGCUGCCAAUCAAAAGUGGCAUUACAUGAAAGAUAUAAAAGCACUUGUGGCCUUUCAUAGCACUGCCUUGGAUAAGGAAAUUACAUCAGCAAAUUACGCUGGCGUCUGUACAUCAUCUGUGAUUAAAGAGGAAAACAUUGAUCAACCAGGAUACUAUUAUCUCUCACCUGAUGGAAAGAGAAAAACUAUGCUCUGCUUGGCUUGUGGACAAUCCAUGAGAACAGAGAAGGGAUUGAAACAAUUGCUUCCAGGGGUUCCAUUCCUCUGUAUUUCAGGCACCAAGACUCAGAAGCCCUUCUUACAACGGCCAUUCAAGGUCAUCAGUGUGGCUGAGGUUGAUUUGUCGUGUGACGAGGCUGAAAAAACUCUAAGUUAUUACCAAGCACGUCUAUUGUCUUUACGGAUGAAGACCUGCACGCAAGCUGCAUCUCACAGUGGCAUGGCAGCCACACACCAGAAGGCAGUGAAAAUAAUUGCAUACAAAAAUGGGGAUGGAUAUCGUAAUGGGAAGUUAAUUGUGGCUGGAACAUUCCCCAUGCUUCUUACAGAAUGCACGGAAAAACUCGGGCUUGCCAGAGCAGCCUCCAAAGUAUAUACCAAAGAUGGAACCCCAAUCUUUACCUUGCGUGAUUUGGUUUUAUGGGCUCUAGAUGAAUCCUUUCUCCAGAGAGACUCUGAGAAACAAAAGCAAGAUGCAGCUCCUGUUGGAAAAGAACAGAUAAUUAUUGAAAAAAAUCUAAGAAUGAAAGUGAAAAACAGAUUAUUUCCAAAAUCUGUGACAUCUGAUAGUUUGGAUGGUAUAGAUAAGUCUUUGCUUACCCUUAUCCUCAGAAAUCCUAUUGCCAUCUGGGUAUCUUCUGGUGAACCAUUUCUACCUCCAAAUGCUUUGCAGAAAGCAGAAAAAUUAGAGAAACAGAACUGGCUGAAAAAGGACAGAAUUUUGGCUGAUCUAGAUACCAUGAGACACAAAAUGAGACAGUUAAAAGGGCGGCGAGUAGCGGCAUGUCAGCCAGCCACCAUGGUUCCUACUAAAAGCCCUGUGCAGCCUGUGGUGGUUGAAGGAGGCUGGACUGAACAGACUAAAGAGGAAAUUAAACUCAUGGAACUUAUAAGACAUACAGAGGCACACGUUUCUGAAAUCCAAGCAAUGGAAUCCAAAAGAAAUUUUCCAAUUGCAACUAAACCUAAAGCAGUCAAGCUGAGCAGCCUGUAUAAGCAGCCCAACACAAAGAGAGUGUGGAUUUAUCUAAAUGGAGGCAGACCUGAAGAUGGCACUUAUUCCUGGGGCAAAACUGUUUCAGAGCUGCUGCAAGACUGCUCCUCUCGUCUCAAAAUGACCCACCCAGCUAGAGCACUGUACACCCCCGAUGGAGAGCCAAUUCAGUCCUGGGAUGACAUACAGCGAGAUAUGGUCAUCUGUGUGUCUAUGGGACAUGGUUUCAAAACCCCAAAAGAGUUAAAACAACUGAUGGAGAUCAGAGCAAAUUAUGUCAGAAUCCGAAGGCAGCAGGGCCCUCAAGCCACAGACAUUGUGGUGUCACCAUCCACAAAGCUGCUGUCUCUGGCACAUCUCCACAAUUAA